UUUGAAGGAGGCCCUGGCCAGGACCUGUGGGUCCACUUUGCACUCUGCCUGUGCUCAGAUGCAUGUAACCUCACAGGGAACCCAUAUACCCCAGCUGUGCCUCCUCAGAUCUUGAUCAAGACUAUAAAAAAAUUUCAACUGUUCCAGCUCAAAGAAAAUAACUGGGGCCAGCUGAAUGUCAGGAUGCAAGUAGUUACUAUUAUACUAUUACUUCUUCUUUGCAAAGCAUCUGACUGUAGGAAGACAAGGAAUAGGAGUCUGAGAAACAAUGAAAGGGAAAACAUCUUAAGAAAAGCAUCUAGCACUGUUAAGCGCAAUGCCCGAGGCCUGCCAUGUGACAUAUACACUUAUCUUCAUGAGAAAUACCUAGAUUGUCAGGAAAGAAAGCUGAUUUUUGUGGCAUCUAAUUGGCCAGAGGAUUUAAAACACAUGCUGCUAGCAAGAAACAGGAUUCGUAAAUUGAAGAAUAAUAUGUUUUCCAAAUACAAAGUACUGAAAAGUCUGGAUUUACAACAGAAUGAUAUAUCAAAAAUUGAGAGUGAGGCUUUUUUUGGUUUGACUAAACUUACAACACUCUUACUUCAACAUAACCAAAUUAAGAGUUUAUCAGAGGAGAUUUUUAUUUAUACGCCCAGUCUAAACUACCUACGUCUUUAUGAUAAUCCCUGGCAUUGCAACUGUGAACUAGAAACUCUUGUUACAAUGCUACAGGUUCCAACAAACAGGAAUUUGGGAAACUAUGCCAAGUGUGUGGACCCAAUAGAACUGAAAAAUCAAAAGCUGAAGCAGAUAAAAGCUGAACAGCUCUGUAGCAAAGAGGACAGGCAGGUGCCCCAAAACAUAAAAAGGGAGAAGCCUGAAGCUGUCAAACCAGAAUUUGAUUCCUCUUUGUGCCACAUGUAUGUGUUCCCUGUGCCAACUCUGAACUGCAAAAGAAAAGAUUUAAAGAAAGUUCCAAGUAACAUACCUCCAGACAUAGUUAAACUUGAUCUGUCCAGCAACAAAAUUAGACAACUACGAGCCAAAGAGUUUGAAGAUGUCAGUGAACUGAAGAUACUAAACCUAAACAGUAAUGGAAUAGCUUACAUUGAUCCUGCUGCUUUCUCAGGCCUCAACACCUUAGAGGAGCUGGAUCUAUCAAACAACAGCUUGCAGAACUUUGAAUAUGGAGUACUGGAAGAUCUUUACUUUCUGAAAAUUCUGUGGCUAAGAGACAAUCCUUGGAGAUGUGAUUACAACAUCCAUUACCUUUUCUACUGGUUGAAGCAUCACUACAAUGUUCACUACAAUGGCCUAGAAUGCAAAAUGCCCGAGGAAUACAAAGGAUGGUCUGUUGGAAAAUACGUUCGAAGUUAUUACGAGGAGUGUCCAAAAGACAAGCUGCCCAUUUAUCCAGAAACUUUUGAUCUGGACAAAGAUGAUGAGGAAUGGGAACGACACAUAGAACAAUCAGUUCAAACAGUAAAGAAGCACGGUGUAAUUGUCACUGUGAUAGGCAAGUAAGGGAAUCUUUUUUUUUUUUUUUGGUAGUACAUUCAAAUAUUUGAUACUUGGAGAAUGAAAAACAUGCUGUUUACAGUUUUAUUAAUUAUAUUGAUUGUUUGUAGGACUAUCUGCCUACAAAGAUUUAGUUUAUUGCAGUUAAUAAUUACAGAAUGGCAUUAGUUAUACAG